AUGGCCAAUGAAACAGAUCUGACUGAAUUCUUUAUCCUAGGCUUCUCUAAUCUUCAGGAGCUGCAGCUCUUGCUUUUUUCUGUAUUUCUCAUCACAUACAUCUGUACCUUGGUGGGGAACAUCUCCAUCAUUACCAUUGCUUGCCUGGACCCUCGGCUUCACACUCCCAUGUACUUCUUCCUAGGGAACCUCUCACUUCUGGAUAUCUGUUAUACCACCACCAACAUUCCUCAGAUGCUGGUGCAUCUCCUGGAAGAGAAGAAGACCAUCACAUAUGUUGGCUGCAUAAUUCAGCUUUAUUUCUUUGUCUUUUUUGUGGGCACAGAAUGCAUACUGCUGGCUGCAAUGGCCUAUGAUCGCUUCCUGGCUAUCUGCCACCCUUUGCACUAUACAGCCAUCAUGAAGAAAGCACGUUGUCUCCAGUUAGCUGGGGCAUGCUGGGCAGGUGGUUUCCUCAACUCUGCGGUGCACACCUAUUUCACUUUCUGGCUGCCUUUUUGUGGUGCUAAUCAGCUCAAUUAUUUCUUUUGUGAUAUCCCUCCCCUUUUGAAGCUAUCAUGUGGAGAUACCUAUCUCAAUGAGGUCAUUCUGCUUGUCGUUGGGGUCUUCAUUGGGUGGACCCCAUUUGUUUGCAUAAUCCUUUCCUACAUCUACAUCAUCUCCACUAUCCUGAAGAUUCAUUCCACUCAAGGGAGACUCAAAGCAUUCUCCACCUGUGCAUCACACCUGACCAUUGCUCUCCUGUAUUAUGGGAGUGCCAUUCUCACCUAUGUCCGGCCCAUCUCCACCUACUCAUUAGACAAAGACAGACUCAUUUCUGUCCUUUACAGCAUUGUCACACCCAUGUUAAACCCUUUGAUCUAUACUUUGAGAAACAAAGAUAUUAAGAAUGCUCUGAAAGUCUUUUUGGGGAAAGUGUAUUUAAAAUGA